UGCCGAUCGACUGCAUGUACGUGGCGCAGAGCAGGCCUUGGCGGCCGAGGCCCAGCGAUGUUCCGUAUAGGGGCGGGGCCCCGCGGCUGUCUUGACCGCAACGGCUGUCUCGACCGCCCGUGCGGACCGCGACCGGUGUGUGCCCCCUUGCUGGCGGCGAGAGUAACUCGGAGAAGUGCCGCCACGAACGAAGAUGGCUGCCUCGACGGGCUAGUUGCCAGGGUGAAAUCGUAGGUUUGGGCCUGUCGUUUAUGUCCAGACCUUGUUUUUGACACUGACGAUAUGGACACAGUAUGGCCCCAGAUAACCGGUACACCUCAGGGAGAAGACUUGUACUGUCGAUCCUGUUCCUAUGUGCUGUUUGUCUUCAAAUUACCAGUGAGUGUGAUCAGACAUUUGUGAGUCGUCCGGGCGGUCCAAUGAACGGCACAUUCCGUGCUCCGGAGUUCGAGAAUCCACGUGGGCUGUCCAGGAACUGCGUGUACACAUUCCUGGCAGGAGCAGGUCAACGUGUCCAGAUCACUUUCGUCACCUUCAAUUUGAGAGGGAGGCCGCCAGAUGGAGCUGCUGUUGGAGACCUUCCCGCUUGUGUUCACGAGUACUUGGACGUAUACGCCGAAGUGCUACAACCAGCGGCGGCCCAGCUGGUGAACACUCCAUUCGGAGGGCGGUAUUGCGGUCCCAUCAGACCAAGAACGCGGGUAUCACUCUACAGGGCGCUCGCCCUAUCCUACCACAGCGAUAAGAACUCCUCCACCGCCGACAUAUUCCAGGGGAUCUAUCAGUUCAUCAACGACAGUGAGUAUGAUUCAAUUUUUUCAGAGCAAAACACGCACAACAGGAGCGAGUAG